GUCACCACCUUCCUUGGACUCACAUCUCUCGGUCGUUGCCCUGCCAUUCUUUUGAGCACUUUUGCUCGGUACAUUCUCUUCAGUCACUAUUGACUAUCACAUUCCUUGUUCGACACGUCAAGAUCCUAUUGUUUGCGCUCAGGUCAGCUGCAUCUUGCUUUUACUCAUCGAUACCCUCAAGCACGCACGCAACCGAUACCAGUAAACCUGCCUUGUUCAAUCGACAAACAAUCGUAAACAACAAACAUGUCCUCAGUCAAGAUCACCAGCCUUUUGGCUCUCGCCUCCGUGGCCGCUGCUGUUCCCCACUACCAGCACAACAAGUUCCACCACCGCGCUGCUUACCCUACCGGCGGAUGGGGUGCCUACAACAGCUCUGCUGUCCCUGCUGGAACUGGUACCACUACCAUUGACACGACUUCAACCUCGACACAGACUCUCUACUCGACUGUCUACCUCCAUGUAUCGAGUUCCCCUGAGAGUGUUGACGCUGCCGCAGCAUCCACUGGUCUCUUCAGCACUGGAUGCGGUGCCAAUACCGUCACCGUGACUGCAAAGGAGAAGGUCACCGUCACCAUCACCCCCGGUGCUGGUACCCCUGCUCCCAAGCCCUCUGCUCCCGCAGCCGAGUCAUCUGUUGACUCAGGCUACGGCGCUUCGUCCCCCAGCCCUGCUGCUCCCGCAACUCCCGCUGCUGAGCAGAGCUCCUCGGCCGCUGGCUACCCUGCUGCUCCUCCUGCUGCCACCCCCGUCAAGGAGAGCCCCAUUCCGUCUUCGGCUCCCGUCAAGACUCCCGUUGCGGAGACUACUUCGGCUGCUGGAUACCCUGCUCAAACUCCCGAGGCUUCUCCUGUCGUCACUACAUCCAUGGCCCAGCAGCCCGUAGCUAGCAGCGCCGCCCCGUCUUCUUCACUCGCUCCUUCCCCCAGCGCCGGCAACGGCUAUUCUGGAAUCAAGCGCGGUCUUGCGUACAACGAUGCUCAUCUAUGCUCAACUUUCGGCGCCAAAUUUGGUUUCGGAUACAACUGGGGUCAAGCUGAGACUAACGACAUCGGCACCCAGUUCAUCCCCAUGAUGCACGGUCCUGACAAGUCCACGGCCCAAGAGUGGCUCGCAAAUGUCGACCUCGCCGUCAAGAAGCACAAGAGCACUGCCGUCAUGGGAUUCAACGAGCCCGACAUCGCCGCCCAGGCCAACCUUAGCCCCGAGGCUGCAUGCUCCGCCUGGAAAGAAUACAUGAACCCAAUCAAGUCUACCUACCCAGAAAUCACCAUCAUCGGCCCAUCCGUCUCCAACGGCCAAGCCCCUCUGGGUCUUGACUGGCUCAGCAGGUUCCAUACCGUAUGCCCCGACGCCAUUGUCGACGCCGCAAACAUCCAUUUCUACGACCAGUACGACUCCACUGUCUUCGACCGUUUCAAGGCGCACGUCGAAAAGGCCGCUAAGCAGACGGGCCAGAAGCUCUUCAUCACCGAGUUCGGUCUCAACCCCGGUACUGCCAACCCACAGCAGGCGGCCGAGUUCUUGGCUCAGUGCAUUGAGUACCUUGAUGCUGAACCUGUUGUGGACGGCUACGCUUAUUUCAUGGUUGGUGAGGGCGAAAACCAGCUCAACUCCAACGGCGCGCUUUCAGCGGCUGGCAAGAUCUAUGCUGGGACUGCUUAA